CAGAAGGGUUAACAGGUCUUUGGGCAUAAACCGGCAAGAAGACAGUGGGCUGCGCGCCUCAUUUUCAGCCUUGCCCGGACUCUCCCAAAGCCGGCGCCCGGUAGUGGCUCCAGAGCCCACAGGUGGCCCCCGGCAGUCUCUGGGGCGCAUGGAGCGGCGUCAAUAGGGCUGGCGGCGCGGGCCAGUAGCCGCUCCAACAUGAACCUCGUGGGCAGCUACGCACACCAUCACCACCAUCACCACCCGCACCCUGCGCACCCCAUGCUCCACGAACCCUUCCUCUUCGGUCCGGCCUCGCGCUGUCAUCAGGAACGGCCCUACUUUCAGAGCUGGCUGCUGAGCCCGGCUGACGCUGCCCCGGACUUCCCUGCGGGCGGGCCGCCGCCCGCGGCCGCUGCAGCCGCCACCGCCUACGGUCCUGACGCCAGGCCUGGGCAGAGCCCCGGGCGGCUGGAGGCGCUUGGCGGCCGUCUUGGCCGGCGGAAAGGCUCAGGACCCAAGAAGGAGCGGAGACGCACGGAGAGCAUUAACAGCGCAUUCGCGGAGCUGCGCGAGUGCAUCCCCAACGUGCCGGCCGACACCAAGCUCUCCAAGAUCAAGACUCUGCGCCUAGCCACCAGCUACAUCGCCUACCUGAUGGACGUGCUGGCCAAGGAUGCACAGUCUGGCGAUCCCGAGGCCUUCAAGGCUGAACUAAAGAAGGCGGACGGCGGCCGUGAGAGCAAGCGGAAAAGGGAGCUGCAGCACCACGAAGGUUUUCCUCCUGCCCUGGGCCCAGUCGAGAAGAGGAUUAAAGGACGCACCGGCUGGCCGCAGCAAGUCUGGGCGCUGGAGUUAAACCAGUGAGCCGAGGCCCGCGCCGAGGACCUGGCCAGGCCAGCCACUCCUGAAGCCCCGGGAGGAGAGGAAGGCAGCGGCGAACGCCAGGCUCUGGGCUCCGGCAACUGGUGCUACGCAUCCCGCGGAGCUUCUGCUGAGCGCCGGCAGGUCGUCGGCUGCAACCACACACUUGGAUCGCACGUGCAAUGUCCUUUGAUUUUUUUUUUU